GGCAACCAUGCAGUCUCAAUUUCUCCCAUAAUCGCAUUGAGAGAACGAAUCUUCGAGCUUCGUCCGUGCUCUUUGCUAUACUCGCCCCCUCCCCUCUUCAAUCGCACUCUAGCAACAAUGCUGUUAUUGGGUGUGACUCGAAUGCGUCUCCGCGUGUCCACAACAUCAAUCUCACGAACUUGGGCCAAGAAUUCCUAUUCAACCAAGGGUUCUGGCUCUGGCUCUGGCUCUGGCUCAGGCUCUGGCGCAGGCUCUGGCUCAUCCUCGAGCUUGAUGAGAUACAUCGCGAUUGCCAGUGUGGUCAGUACACCAGGCCUUUGGUGGUUGGUAUCUACCCGCAACGAUGCGGCCCGCGACGAUGUGCCACAUCUUGAGAGUCCUCCAGCUGAGCACUGGGGCGUUGAGCCGGGUCCUUCUAAAGACCAAGUGACACAUAUCCUAUCGCAAGGAGCAUAUUCAUUUCUGGUCAGAAACGUUGCCGGCGUCAGCAGAUACGAUGGUGCUCAAUUAGCUUCCAAUAGCCCAUGCGAGGACCAGUCCACCCAUGGUAAACUUCCUUCACCAUGGAACGAGGGUAAUCAGUGGAUGGCCUGGGCUGUUUUUGACGGUCAUUCAGGCUGGCAAACAGCAGAUUUGCUGAAGAAGCAGCUCCUGCCUUUCGUCCUUCACAGCUUGAGCCAAGUCAAACCACCCUCAAACGAAGAUUCCUUAUCCGAGGAAUCAGUGCAGCGCGCUAUCAUAAAGGGGUUCGUGAGCCUCGACGAUUCCAUCAUCAAAACAGCCCUAGAUACGUCUCAGAGCGAAGAACCGUUGCAAGAGAAGGUAAAGAAAUUAGCCCCCGCUUAUGCCGGUUCAUGCGCUUUGCUGUCUAUGUACGAUUCUAUCACAAGCACAUUGCAUGUGGCGUGUACCGGCGAUUCGAGGGCAGUCUUGGGGCAGAAAAGGCCGGACGGCACAUGGGAAGCAAUUCCAUUGUCAGUAGACCAGACUGGCAAAAACAAAGAGGAGAUCGCCAGGCUCCAUCAGGAGCACCCGGGUGAAGAAGACAUCGUCAAAAAUGGACGAGUGCUCGGGAUUAUGGUCUCGCGAGCUUUUGGCGAUUGUCAGUGGAAAUGGCCUUUGGAGUUCCAGCAGGAUAUACAGCGGAGAUUCUAUGGUCCACCACCUCUGACACCACGCUACGACAUCCGAACGCCACCAUAUCUGACGGCUGAACCGGUUGUGACAAGCACCAAAAUCGACCCUGGGCAACCUUCUUUUCUGAUCAUGGCAACAGACGGCUUAUGGGAUAUGCUCUCCAAUCAUCAGGCAGUCGACCUAGUAGGGAAAUGGUUAGAAUCGGGAGCAGCCGAGAAGAGAAACAGCAGCCUGGAGCCGACUUAUGAACCAUUCGACUUUGGUCGAUUUUGGAACGGGGUGAGUUGGAAGUUUGUGGAGGAGAGAACAACAGUCCAAGAUGACAACGCCGCUGUGCAUCUGGUGCGUAAUUCCCUUGGUGGAAAUCAUCACGAGUUGAUAGCCGGCCGACUUGCCUUCAGCCCUCCAUCCUCCCGGCGUCUACGAGACGAUACAACUGUGCAGGUGGUUUUUUUUAAUGUCUCAAAUCUGGAAAAUAAAUAGCAGUCAGAACCAUAGCAUUCUUAGCGUAUUAAACAUGCUCCUACCGCUACUC